ACCGUAUACAUGAAUUCGGUUAAAAUCUCGAUAAUGACUGUAAAAAUAUCACCAAAGACUCAAUCGAUGUGAUGGAGGCAUUUUCUUUGUACACAAUUCUUUCAGAGAUGGCUGUUUCAUCUCACCCCUGGAGGCACCCUCAAAGAAACGCACCAUCCUCUAUAUACACUGAUUUUCUGUCCACAUUUGAGAGGCUGAUGAUAACCAUCUAUCGAAUAUUUUAGCGAUUCCGAAAUGUUGUGGAUAAUACCCUUGAUCGCAACAGCCAGCCUGGUGACAGCCCGGCCAAAACCAUACAGAACAGUAUCAACAUACACGGCAUUUUAUGGAAAAGGAAGCCAAUAUGAUAACGUAGCAGGCAUUUCUGAGCCGGAAUCAACGGUAGUGACAUUUCUCUCAACAAAAUUCAUAACCAGCACUUGGUAUAUUCCAGGGCCUGCCACUGCUAAUCCCAUCUCCACUCCGGAAUCAGGAGAACAAUCAAACACAACAACAGCGGCAACUCCUGCAGGGAAUCAGCAAGUAAUAUAUGUCACCGUUCCCGUGACAGUACCUGCCAUUCAAACUGUCACGACAAUUGCCGACGAAGCCAUCGAAACCGUCUUUGAGACUGUGACAUCGAGCAUCCCGGCAGAAACCCACUUCGUGGUAGUCAUGCUAAUCACGAGCAUCAAGACAAGAAUAUCGGUAACGACGACGCAGUCGAUGAUGGAGGCAGCUGCUCCAUUAUCCAAACUGCUCCCUGGCAGUGGGCCAGGAUGGAAACGGGAGAUUUUAGAGGCUGGCACGAAGACGCUGGCCCCAUUCACAUCCGUUCCGCCGGUACCAGGGCCUGCUCCACUAACAGCUUGUAUCUCAGAGUAUCCUCAACAUAUCCUUCUACUGAACCGGCCUCAUCCACACAUACGCCGUCUAUCGAAGUGAGUCUUACACCACCUGGGAUUUCAACUCGCAAUCCAAAUAUCCAGCCGGAGAACUCGACCCUAACUACGACGGCAGCUAGCAUCCCGUUUCCAAUAAUUUCACCUACUGGCUACCUUACAACAACAGAAAAUUUUUCUACAACACCUCCUCAAACAGCCCCAACAGCUCCGGUACCUCUUGCUCCGCAAAUUUCUACUGUUUACUCAACACUCAGACCCACACUCACUACAACAA